CUGUUUAAUUUUUUUUCUUUUUUUUUGGUAUCCAGGGAGGGUUCGCAACAUUUGUCACCCCUGCCUGUUGUCUCCUGUCCCGCGUCCCGGUGCCGAUGUGAAAGUGCGGCAUAAUUUGACACAAAUGACAACAUUCGUCCACCAACUGAGCACAUAGGUUUGACCAAGAAGAACAAGAGAAGUGAGAGCCAUCACAAUGAUGACCACAACUGAAUUUGACAAUGAGGAGAUUCAGCGACAAUAUAGCCACAUCAACACACGCUGGGAGCUAUCGGAUGAAGAGCUUGACAAUGACAACAGCUCUGCCAGACUCUUUGAAAGGUCCAGGAUCAAAGCUCUAGCAGACGAAAGAGAGGUUGUACAGAAGAAAACCUUCACAAAAUGGGUGAACUCUCACCUGUCCCGAGUGAGCUGCCGAAUAUCAGACCUGUACCUGGACUUGCGGGAUGGAAGAAUGCUGAUCAAACUUCUCGAGGUGCUUUCUGGAGAGCGCUUGCCCAAGCCAACAAAAGGAAGAAUGCGCAUUCACUGUUUGGAGAAUGUUGACAAGGCCUUGCAGUUCUUAAAAGAGCAAAGAGUGCACCUGGAAAACAUGGGUUCACACGAUAUUGUCGAUGGAAAUCAUAGAUUAAUCCUAGGCCUUAUUUGGACCAUUAUCCUUCGCUUUCAGAUUCAAGACAUUAUUGUGGAGACACAAGACAACAGGGAAACACGUUGUGCUAAAGACGCCCUCCUGUUGUGGUGCCAGAUGAAGACAGCUGGAUACCCAAAUGUAAAUAUCACCAAUUUUACCACCAGUUGGAAGGAUGGCAUGGCUUUCAAUGCCCUUAUUCACAAGCACAGGCCAGAUCUUGUGGAUUUUCGUAGCUUGAAGAAGUCUAAUCCUAUCCAUAACCUACAGCAGGCUUUCAAUGUGGCUGAGCAGAAGCUUGGUGUUACAAAACUGCUGGAUCCUGAGGAUGUCUUUACAGAGAACCCUGAUGAAAAGUCAAUCAUCACUUAUGUUGUGGCAUUCUACCACUAUUUUUCAAAGAUGAAGGCUUUGGCUGUUGAAGGGAAGAGAGUUGGGAAGGUGCUGGAUCAUGCCAUUGAAACACAGAAAAUGAUUGACAGGUAUGAAACCCUGGCAUCAGACUUGCUGACCUGGAUUGAGCAGACCAUCAUCAAACUGAACAGCCGCAAGUUUGCAAAUUCUCUCACUGGAGUGCAGCAGCAGCUACAGGCUUUUAACUCAUAUCGCACAGUGGAAAAGCCUCCAAAAUUUCAGGAGAAGGGCAAUCUGGAAGUACUGCUUUUUACCAUCCAAAGCCGCAUGAGAGCCAACAAUCAGAAAGUAUAUACCCCAAGAGAAGGUGCUCUUGUUGCUGAUAUUAAUCGGGCCUGGGAAAGACUGGAAAGAGCAGAACAUGAACGAGAACGAGACCUGAGGGAUGAACUGAUUAGACAGGAGAAACUUGAGCAGCUUGCACGAAAAUUUGACCGUAAAGCAUCUAUGCGCGAAACUUGGCUUGUGGAGAAUCAACGACUAGUGGCACAGGAUAACUUUGGCUUUGAUCUGCCUGCUGUGGAAGCCGCAAAGAAGAAACAUAAUGCCAUCGAGACUGACAUUUCUGCCUAUAAGGAACGUGUCGAGGCUCUACUGGAUGUGGCCAAGGAGUUGGAGAAGGAAAACUACCAUGAUGUAAAGCGGAUUAAUGUUAGGAAAAAUAACAUCCAACGCCUGUGGGACUACUUGCAGGACUUGAUCAAUGCCCGCCAUGCUAGGCUAGAGAUGAAUCUUACCCUGCAGAAGACCUUUCAAGAAAUGCUCCAUAUGAUAAACUGGAUGGAUGACAUGAAGGCUCGCCUCCUUUCACCAGAUUUUGGAAAGCACUUAUUAGAAGCUGAAGAUCUUCUACAGAAACAUGCCCUACUGGAGGCAGACAUUGCUGUACAAGCUGAGAGAGUGAAAUCAGCAAACUCAGCAGCCCUGAAGUUCACAGAAGGAGAUGGUUAUAAGCCAUGUGACCCUCAAGUAAUCAAGGACAGAGUCCAGCAUCUAGAUUUAUGCUACCAGGAACUAUGUGCUUUGGCAGCCCAGCGUAAAGCCCGCCUAGAACAAUCUAGAAGACUGUGGAAUUUCUUUGUUGAAAUGACAGAAAUUGAAAGCUGGAUUAGGGAAAAAGAGAACAUCUUCUCUUCAUUAGACUAUGGAAAAGAUCUGACCAGCGUGAUGAUUCUACAGAGUAAGCACAGUGCAUUUGAACAUGAGCUGGGUGGCCGCCGUGCACACUUACAGCAAAAAUUAAAAGAAGGAGAGAAGAUGAUCAAGGAAAAACAUUUUGGGUCACCUAAGAUCCAACAAAGAAAUGAAGACAUUUUGUUCCAGUGGGACCAGUUGGAGGAGUUGGCAGCAUUUCGUAAGCGAAACCUACAGGAUACACAGAGCUUCUUUCAGUUUCAUGGAGAUGCAGAUGACAUGAAGGCCUGGCUUCAGGAUGCCUUCCGCAUUAUGUCCAGUGAUGACAUAGGCCAUGAUGAAUAUUCUACUCAACAGCUGCUAAAAAAGCACAAAGAUCUUCAAGAUGAAGCAACAAAGUACCGGUCAACUAUUGACACCUUGAACAAGCAAGCAAAUAGCCUUCCAGAUGACCUAAAAAACACACCCGAUGUCCAGAGGAGAUUGAAAGAGGUUAAAGAGAUGUACGUAGACUUAAUGUCCUUGGCAGAUCGACGCCGACAGAUGCUUGAGGACACCUUGGCCCUUUAUACUAUAUUCAGCGAAACAGAAGCUUGUGAGCUAUGGAUGAACCAGAAAGAGACAUGGCUGGUGGAUCUAGAAACUCCUGAAAAACUGGAAGAUCUGGAAAUUGUACAAAACAGGUUGGAAAUUCUGGGUCAAGAAAUGAACAAUGUAGAAGGAAGAGUGGAGCAAGUAAACAGUGCUGUGAAACAGUUGGAAGACAGCAGGCACCCUAGUGUAAAAGAAGUGAAAGACUGUCAGAGUCGCCUUAACAAGAGGUGGGAAGCCUUCAAAAAACUGGUGGAGAAGAAGAGGAAAGAUGUGGACUCAGCCCUUAGCCUACACAACUAUGGCUUAGAGUGUGAUGAGACCGAAACAUGGAUUUUAGAAAAGACUCGGGUGGUUGAGUCAACCCAGGAGCUAGGGAAAGAUUUGACAGCGGUAAUUACUAUUCAGAGGAAGCUCUAUGGUAUUCAGCGAGACCUGGCAGCCAUUGAGUCUAAAUUAAAGUUCUUAGAAGGAGAGGCUAAUCGCUUGGCAAAGGAACACCCAGAAAAUGCAGAUGACAUCUUGUCAAGGCAGCAAAAUCUCAAAAUUGUGUGGGAUGAUCUCAAACGGACUAUGAAAGAUCGCGAAGAUUCACUUGGGGAAGUCAGCAAGCUACAGAAUUUCUUGCAAGAUCUGGAUGAUUUUCAGUCAUGGCUUUUCAAAACACAAAAGGCAAUUGCCUCAGAUGAAAUGCCAAACUCUCUACCUGAAGCGGAGCAGCUCCUCAACCUACACCAUAACUUGAAAAAGGAUAUUGAUCACCAUGAAGAAGACUUCCAUAAAGUGAAAGACACAGGAGUAGCAGUAACUCAGGAAGAAACUGACCCCCAGUACCAACAGCUGGAACAACGUCUCAAGGGCCUGGACACUGGCUGGGAUGAGCUGCACAAAAUGUGGGACAGUAGAAACAACUUUCUCUCCCAGUGCCAUGGAUUCCAGCAGUUCCUGAGAGAUGCCAAGCAAGCUGAAUCUAUUCUCAACAGACAGGAGUACACUCUUGCCCACACAGAUCUUCCCAGCACCCUGGAAGGAGCAGAAGCUGCCAUACGAAAGCAUGAAGACUUCAUGAACACUAUGGAUGCAAAUGAGGAUAAAAUUGCAACCACAAUUGACAAUGGCCAGAAGCUGAUAGAUGACAAAAACAUUUAUUCUGACAGGGUGAAGGCAAAGAUUAACUCUAUUGAAGAUAGGUACAACAAUAAUCGCCGAAGAGCUUGGCAAGUAUCCGCCAAGCUAAACGACAACGGUGCCUUACAGCGUUUCCUGCAAAAUGCCCAAGAUCUAAAGCUCUGGAUUAACGAAAAGAUGCUGACAGCCCAGGACACAUCCUAUGAUGAGGCCCGCAAUCUGCAUAGCAAGUGGCAGAAACAUCAAGCAUUUAUGGCUGAGCUAGCAUCAAAUAAAGGCUGGCUGGACAAGAUUGACCAGGAGGGAAAAGACCUGAUGAGGACUAAGCCAGAGUUUGAACCCAUUGUUCGGGAAAAACUAAAGGAACUUCACCAGCUUUGGGAUCAACUGCAGGCCACUACAGAGGAGAAAGCACAGCGCCUCUUUGAUGCAAAUCGUUCAGAAUUAUUUGAUCAAACCUAUGGUGAGCUGAACAAAUGGCUGGAUGAGCUGACUCUGCAGCUUAGAGCCGAGGAUGUUGGGAAUGAUCUGGCUAGUGUCAACAGACUUUUGAAGAAGCAUCAGGUGAUGGAGAAGCAAGUGGUGGAGAAAAAGGCAGAAAUGAAGGAGCUCCUGAACCAGGCACAGCUUCCUACAGAGGUUGCUGGGCUGCACCAGUCCCUGGAGAGUGACAUCCAGCAGCUUCAGGCACCUCUUCAAAACAGGAAAGAGAAUCUCAUGGCCUCUAAAGCGGUGUACCAAUUCUACCGUGACCUGGCAGAUGAAAUUCUCUGGGUAGAAGAACGACUGCCACUUGCAACUUCAACUGAUCACGGUAAUAACCUGCAAUCAGUUCAGCUAUUGAGCAAGAAGAAUCAGACUCUGCAAAAGGAGAUCCAGGGUCACCAACCUCGUAUAGACGAAGUUCUAGACAGAGGCCAGAAAAUGGUUGCAGCAGGAAGCCCUGACUCCGAUACCAUACAGAAACAGAUGGCAGAGCUGGAGGUCUUAUGGAAAAAACUGCAAGAUGAGACUCGUAAGAGGCAGGAGCGUCUUGGGAGAUGGAACGAAGGCCAGCAGUACUACAUGGAUGCAGAUGAAGCAGAAGCUUGGAUUGGAGAACAGGAGUUGUACAUGAUUCAAGAUGAAAAGCCAAAGGAUGAGAUAAGUGCAGUCAUGCUGUUCAAGAAACAAUUCAUUCUCCAACAGGCUGUGGAUGCCUAUGCUAACUCUAUCCGUGAGUUGGCAGACCGGGCACAGAAAAUGCUGGCAGAGGAUUAUCCAGAUGGUGAGCAGAUCAUCCGACGGCAAGGACAAGUUGACAAGCAGUAUGCCAAUCUGAAUGAGCUUGCUGAAGAACGCAAGCGCAAGCUGGAAAAUAUGUACCACAUGUUUCAGCUUAACAGGGAGGUGGAAGACUUGGAGCAGUGGAUAGCAGAAAGAGAUCUGGUAGCAUCCUCUCAAGAGAUGGGGCAGGAUAUCGAUCAUGUUGUGGUCCUAAGAGAUAAAUUUCGCGAGUUUGCACGUGACACUGGAACCAUCGGGCAAGAGCGUGUGGACAAUGUGAACUUGCUGAUUGACGAAUUGAUCGACAAAGGGCACAGUGAAGCAGCAACCAUUGCCGAGUGGAAGGAUAAUAUCAAUGAAAGCUGGGGCGACCUGCUUGAACUAAUUGACACUCGUGCACAGCUUCUCAGCUCUUCCUACAACCUCCACAAAUACUUUUAUGAUGCCCUUGAGCUCUUGGCCUUGAUCGAAGAGAAGCACACACAGUUGCCUGUAGACCUAGGAGGAGAUGUCAGCACUGCUGAAUCCUUUCACAGAAUGCAUGCUGCUUUUGAAAGGGAUAUCCAUGCUUUGGGGAAACAGGUACAGCAGUUUCAGGAGAAAGCAGCACGUCUUCAUGCCCAGUAUGCAGGAGACAAAGCCACUGAGAUUCAAACCAAAGAGCAUGAGGUAGUUAAUGCGUGGAAGGCUCUACUUGAUGCCUGCGAUGGUCGGCGUGCCCAGCUGGUAGACACUGCUGACAAGUUCCGCUUUUUUUCCCUGGUGCGGGAGCUGCUGUCGUGGAUGGAAAAUAUUAUCAGACAAAUUGAAACACAGGAAAAGCCAAGAGAUGUAUCUUCAGUGGAGCUACUCAUGAAGUACCAUCAAGGGAUAAAAGCUGAAAUAGAUACCAGGAAUAAGAAAUAUGUCACGUGUGUGGACUUGGGAAGGACUUUAGUAGCUCGCCAACACCAAGCUUCAGAGGAAAUUAAAGAAAAACUAAUCCAGCUGUCUGACAAGAAAAAGGAAAUGAACGAGAAAUGGGAGGAAAGGUGGCACUGGCUUCGCCUAUUGCUGGAGGUGUGUCAGUUUGCACGAGAUGCUUCUGUGGCUGAAGCCUGGUUGAUAGCACAGGAACCCCAUGUGGCCAGUCGAGAUUUUGGACAGACAGUACAGGAAGUGGAAAAAUUGCUGAAGAGACAUGAAGCCUUUGAAAAGUCAACUGUGACCUGGGAAGAAAGGUUUUCUGCACUGGAAAGGCUGACAACGUUGGAAUUGUUAGAUAUCCGAAAGCAGCAAGAAGCUGAACGUGAAAGGAUGAUCAAGCAAGCAGAGCAGCGUGAAGCAGAAGAACAGUACCUACAAGAAGUGAGGAGACAAAACGCAAAGGACAUCCUUGAAGAAAUUUCUGUCCUACCUACACUUGAAGAAGAAUCUGCAGUGGAGACAUCCCUGGUGGAGGAGGCGCCAUCAGUCGUGGAGUUAGGAGACACUUCAUUUAGAACAGAGAGGUCUGAAGCAGACACCGGCGCAGAUGUGAAGCCUUCACAGACGCUACUGCUGACUCCAGCGUCUGAACCGGAGAGGGCGGCCACCUUUCCUGCUGAGACACAAAGAACGCAGUCUGUGCUGCGGGAGGGCACGCUGUCCCGCAAGCAUGACCUCGAGGGACCUACUAAGAAAGCUUCAAGCAGGUCUUGGAAUAGUCUAUACUGUGUUCUGAAGCCAGAGGAGCUUUCUUUCUAUAAGGAUGCUAAGAAUUUCAACUAUGGCAUUACCUACCAUGGGGAAGACCCUCUCCCAAUCAAAAUGGCAGCCUGUGAAGUUCUCACAAAUUAUAAAAAGAAGAAACAUGUAUUUAAAUUAUGGCUUCCUGAUGGGAAUGAAUAUUUAUUCCAGGCCAAAGAUGAGGAGGACCUGCAAGGCUGGACUCAAGCGCUACAAAAUGCGGUUUUCCCAGGAGACGUGUCAGAGGGCCCCAGCUCCGAGGGAAGGGCCCGAAGCCUGCCACCCCAGUUUUUGAGCACAACCGGCGAGCCAAGCUCUGGGAAGAAAGACAAGGAGAAGAGGUUCAGUUUGUUUGCAAAGAAAAAAUAGAGCCAGAGCCAGAUAAUUGUCGCAUUUUUGGGCGAAGGUCCACAGGACAAAUUUUGGAACAGUAUUUUUUAUUUUUUAGUCACUGUCUUUUACUCUCACAAAUGUUCUGUACAAAUGCCCCCCACAUGGAGUAUUGUUUAAUAGAAAAAAAAAAAAAACAACUAGGACAAUUCUGCCCAUGCAUCUUCUAAUAUACACGUUUAUAUUUCAAUGCUUUUUUGCUUUUCAUUUCCACCAGUAACCAAAGAUUAUUUACAGAAAAACUGACUAAAGUACUCAUUCAGGUGAUCUCCACUUGCCUUAUUGCCUUUGAGUCACAAUGGUUGGAAAUGCAAUACUGUACAAUAAGCAUUGAACUUCAAACUGCUAGAUUUGUUUUUCAGCUCUACAGGUUUGCAGACACACAUCAUAGACACAAACAUGAAUGAGAGGCAGUAGCAUCGAUUUUUUAGUUUAGUGUGCGAGUAGAAAUCUUGCACAGCCAUUUAUUUUUCAGCACAUCAUGCAUGUGUCACUUAAUCAUUAUUUGAAAUGAAAGAAGAAGGAGAAACCGUGUCUCCUUGAAGUCUUCUUAUUAACUUUGAGAAGUGGAAGGGAGGCUCCUUUUUGCAAGAGAGGCAGAGGCAACUCACAUGUAAUACUGUACUGGAGCUUAUUUUUUAGAUAUUGUGAAUGUUGAACUCCCUGUACGUGACAGUGACGGGCAGUUCCCAAACAAUUUGUUCUUUUUGACCAGCUUUUUAUUUAGUAAAUCAUAUGAACUGAUUCGCGUGCACAAACAAAUCAAUUCAUUAGAGCUCAACAGGAGUGCUAAAGCACAUGCGUGUCCUUCCUGUGUGACAGCGUCAGUGUCUUUCAAUUCGCUGAUAGAUGUUUAAAGCACAUGCACAAGAACCUCCUGACUCACGAGUCUCAACUCUUUGAUUGGCGAACAAGUCAGUCCCUGACAAUCAGUUUGACAUUUAUCGUUCAUUUCAUUCGUGCACAAGUCACUAGCUGACAAUCAGUCUAACAAGUUUCAUUUGUUUUGCGAACGAGUGACUGAGAAUCAGUUUAACGAUUCUCGUUUAUUCGAUUUGCAAAUAAAUCAUUAGCCGAGAAUCAAUCUAACAAUUCUCUUUCAUUUGUUUUUGUGCGCAUAUUAUUAUGGGUUGCACAAUUCUCAUUCACUGUUUUCAAUGUCUUAAAUGUGUUGUAAUGCUUUAUGUAUGGAAACAGGACAAUGGCAUAUAAAUUAUCAUGUUAAAUAUAUAAAUAAUUGUAUAUAAACAAAUGAACAUUAGAUAUUAUUUAUAUACACACACAAACAUAUACUGUACAUCAAAAUAAUGUACACAUUAUUAAAUUAUAUAUUUGUGAUAUGAUUUAGAGUACAAAUUACUUGCUAUUCUAUAUAUUUUAAAUGUUUAAUUGAGCCAUGCAAAAUAGUGUAACAUGUACCGAUGGUAUUACCGUAAUACAGCAGUGUGUAAGGAUAGGAAAGUUGCUUUCCAUGGGGCCCACUUUCUCUCAUAACUUGGGAAUGUUUUCCCACUUUUCCUUAAAGUUUACAUUUUUCAUUAGAUUAUUAUAGAGUCUACCAAUAUUAUCAUGGUAAUAAGGCAAUAUGCAAGAACAAUCACUAUUUGUGGGGCCCACAUUCGUCACACUAUUAUAAAUUGAUACGUUUCAGGAAAAUAAUAGUACAAAUAUUGCCUUUCAAAAUUUUUAAUCGAGAAACAGAAAUGACUAUAAAAUAUACAUAUUGUCAGGGCCGUCUUGAGGGCUAAAUUAAAUAAGCUACAGGGUCUCACAGUCUGAGGGGGCCUCUCAAAUUUUUAAAUGUUCUGAUGGAGCCGCCCUUCCACUGCUCUCCUCCCGGGUUUUUGAUACAUCUUGGUAACCUUCUUGCCAAGUUCAGAUAUUACCUGACCUCACCACUUUUCAAAUUGGUCCUCUCCAUAUCUAAAUCCAAUCCUGCCUACAAUCAUAAGGAAAUGUUGAAGGGGAAAAAGUUUCUGGCACUUCCAUGUCAGGGGGGCAUAAAUCCGCCACUGUAGUCAAAAGAAGAGAAGUUAACAAAAAUUGUAAUAAACUGGAUCAUGUAGCACAUAAAAGUGAAAAGCAAUGCUUCCCAGAACAAGAUUGGAAAGCGCCUUGUGCUGCACAAAAGGUUGAUAGUUUUGUUGUUCAUUUUUUAAUUACCUCUGUUGUUUUCAUUUAUGUUGUAAACACGACAACCCAAAUCGAGGGUUCUGACACUCGAUAGUCGGUCAGUCGGUGAGAUGUACAGGCCUUGCCAUUUUUCAUAAAUUGUUACAAAAUUGUGUUGUUUUUUUUUUAAGUUAAGAUCUAUAUGGUGCUAGAAUCCAAAGAUGAUGGCAGUCAUAAGCAAUGAGAGCUGCCCAGAUGCAAGACAUCUAAAUGUAUGUACGUAAAAAAAAAACAAAAUGAAGAAAAACACCCCCUCAUCUGGCCUGUGGAGUAUAGGAACUACAAAGGUGCGUCUGUGUGGGGCGCGCGUCUGUUAUGGAGUUUUGUUACUGUCUAAUUCUAUCAGCUUACAUCUGAAUACUUGAGAAACUUCAAAGAAAUGUAUUUUGAUUUUUUCUGUCCACCUUUUUGCUACCGAGUUGGUGACCCUCUGCAUCUGCAAGUCAGCCAUCUUUCCUUCCAGCAUAACGUAGCCUGUUCAUUUUCCACUCCCUAUUUGUUUUUGUUUUUUCCCCACGUACAUCGUGGAUUUCUGCUUCUCCGCGGUGAAUUUCUGUCGUCACUUUUACCGAUGACGUUUUGGUGCUUGUACUUUUGUUUUCACAACAGCUCCCCCCCCCCCAAACGGAUUCCAAAUAUAAGAGUCCAGAUUGAAGUUUAAAUGAAGAGACUGCUUUGAGAGUGCCUUGUAAAUCUAAAUUCAUGUAA